AUGCUCCUACGUGAUUUCACCCUGGAACUCAUCACGCAAUAUCCUCAUCUUUCGGCGACCCUCACAGUAGGCGACUUUGUGUGCUUUGCAACUCUGGCGGCGGAAGUCGAACAUGUAGCGGGGGAAUCGCUACGUCUCUCACCAGCACGCUUUCCAUUUGCACCGUUCUUCGACACUGCACUAUCCGUUCCUACCGCACACAAUCAAAUGCAAGAGCUUUGGCGACUGUCAUACCCCGUCCUUCGCGAAUGCCGAAUCAACCCUCAGGCUCUUAUCCGCGACUUUGGCGUACAACAACAAACCACUCAGUUGCCCGAAAGAUUCUUACGAUCUCCUCUCACCAAGUGUAUCAUAUGCACACCCAAUCAUUCUUACGCCUUACACGUGCAUUCACGCAUCAACGGCUAUCUACACGACCUCGAUGGUGUGCACACAGUUCAAACUGUCACACUCAAUUGCUCCAAUCCUGCAUGCGAAACCAUGUAUAAACCCAGCUUCUACACGCGAGGCGCUGAAAGAUACUAUUACACGCCGGACAUGGGCCGAAACAAAGAUUAUCUCCACAUCCAUUGCCACUAUUAUAUGUCAUCCCGUUUGGCCUACACGUUCCGAGUGCUACAGAUGCUAGGCCAGUAUCACAUUUCAACCUCGUCAAUUGGUUCAACACAAUCUUUGUAGAUGACAUGCCAACGUCCACGUUUUCAC